AUGCUGUUGUUGCUGUUUCUCGCAUUUUGUGACACUGCCGCUGAGUGCAGCUCUUCCUCCAUGAACCUCAAAGCAAAAGCUCCUGGUUGGACACGCCGAGCGACUGCCCUUCCUCGAGUAAGGAACUCGUGUGUUUCUGCCAUUGGCGCUCGUGAUGGUGGUGGUGGUGCUGCUGGAACUGUUGCCUGUUUCGGGGCCUCUAUCUCCAGUGACAGCAGAAGCAAGAAGGAAGGCAAAAGGGGGAAUAAAGAGGUAGGCGGCACAGCACAGCAAGAAGACGCCGAUGACGAAGAAGAUGAUGAUGAUAAUGAUGGGAAAGGCAGUACGGAGAAGAGCAGCAAAGAGAUGAGCAGUAAGCAGGAAGAAGGCAGCCAAAAGAAAAGUGAGAAGGAAGACGAUGAUGACGGUGACGGCGAUGAUGCAAAUGGAAAAAGUAGCAAGGCGAAGAGUAGCGAGGAGGAAGGAGGUAGCGAACAGAAGAGCGAGAAGGAAGAGAACGAUGAUGACAGUGCUAAAGAUGGGAAAAGCAGCAAAGAAAAGAGCAGCACAGAGAAGAGUAGCAAAGAGAUAAGCAGCAAGAAGACGAGCAGCAAGCAGGAAGAAGGCAGCCAAAAGAAAAGUGAGAAGGAAGACGAUGAUGACGGUGACGGCGAUGAUGCAAAUGGAAAAAGUAGCAAGGCGAAGAGUAGCGGGGAGGAAGGAGGUAGCGAACAGAAGAGCGAGAAGGAAGAGAACGAUGAUGACAGUGCUAAAGAUGGGAAAAGCAGCAAAGAAAAGAGCAGCACAGAGAAGAGUAGCAAAGAGAUAAGCA